AUUCUCAUGGCGGUUCCAGGAUAUACUAUGAAACUCCAGUGUGAGGUGGAAGUUAUCAAUCGGAUGCUCCCGACCUUCGGUAUGCGGAACAGAGGGAAAGGAAACCGAGCUGUUCUCUCUAUCGGGAAACACCAUGAUCGGAGCAUCAAAAACAACUCUUCAACCAUUUAUCUUUUGAUCUGUACCUUAAAAGACAAAGCAGGCUGUAAAUACAAGCUGAAAGGAAAUAUAGAGCAGUUUUUCACCAAAUUCGUGGAAGAAGGAAAAGCAACCAUCAGGCUGAAAGAACCUGCUGUGGAUGUUUGUCUGAGUAAGGACUUUGCUAUAGGCUUGGGUGACAUGACUUAA